AUGCUCGCCUUGACGAAUCUGCUCUUGCUUGCCGCAUUCAUCAAGCAGCAGCUGCCAGGAGAGUUUGGGUCGCAGAAUUCAUGGAGGCCGCCUGAGGUCACGACCACUUCGCUGUUCGAGUUCAAGACGUUAUACGGAGACCGCCUGAGCAACGAGUCGGAAACAGCAUGGAAUGCGCUGAUGCCAGGUGAUCCCCAUUCUAUUCCUUCUUCUCACCAUACAGUCUCCUCUGACCAAAAUUUGCUAGUCGGGCGCGGAUUUGUCAUCAUAAAGAACGACACUGCAAUCCCCGACCAACCCGGCCUCGACCAAUCGGUAGCCGAGCAAAAGGCCAUGGUGUCCGUCUUCCAUCAGCUACACUGUCUUUACAUGACGCGGGAAGGGUACUACAGCGCGCUCGAGGGCAGACGCGGCCAAGUAAGCAGCGCCCAUUUGAUGCACUGCUUCGACUACUUGCGGCAGACCAUCAUGUGCUUUGGAGACACGACGCUCGAGUGGCUUCCAGCGCCUCCGAGGGACAAUGGAAGCACGGGCUGGGGAUUUGAGCAUAAAUGCCGUAGCUUUGAUGCCAUCUCACAUUGGGUGGAAGAGAACAGGCUGAAGACGACACAUGGAAUCCAUUAG